GCUUGGGCCAAGCUUUGAACUUGGUUACCGCCUUCUGUUUUCGCUCUGCCUUAAAACAGGGGCAAGGAUCCUCCACCCCGAGGUAACAGACCCUGUGGGCCCGUCGCUUUCCCGCAGAACAUGAAACUGCCUAGAGGAGUAGGGGACGCGGCAGAGCUGCGCAAGAGCCUGAAGCCGCUGCUGGAGAAGCGCCGGCGCGCGCGGAUCAACGAGAGCCUGAGCCAGCUAAAGGGUCUAGUAUUGCCGCUGCUGGGAGCAGAGACUUCCCGCUAUUCGAAGUUGGAGAAGGCGGACAUCCUGGAAAUGACUGUGCGCUUCCUACAGGAGCAGCCUGCGUCAGUGUGUUCCACGGAAGCACCUGGGUCUUUGGAUAGCUACCUCGAGGGUUACCGAGCCUGUCUGGCGCGCCUGGCCCGCGUGCUGCCCGCCUGCAGCGUCCUGGAGCCGGCCGUGCGCGCGCGCCUGCUAGAGCACCUGCGACAGAGGACUGUCAGUGGCGGCCCGCCCUCACUGACCCCAGCAUCCGCUCCAGCUACAGCACCCUCUCCUCCGGUGCCUCCUCCAAGCAGCCCUGGACUUUGGAGGCCAUGGUAGGUUCCUGGAUGUUCCACAGGAUCCUGCUGCUGGCUGUCAAGGGACCUAGCUGACAUUCUCCAUUGUGACUGCAUCUUCUCAUUCACUUUGAGAACGGUCUAGCUCCGACCACCCUGACAAGAAUCGGUUGCUGUGACCUGUCUGGGUGAUGAAACCUUCAAGGAAGGACUCAGUCAGAGGGGGAAAUGGGGCCGAAGGAGAAAGAGCAAAUAUGUGCAGGGUGAGGAGAAAGAGGCCCACACUCCGACAGGAGGAAGUGGCUCUGGCAAUGGGCCAGCCAGCGCUGCCUCGGUCACACCUGCCCUAGUGUGGGCAGCAGACCAAGGUCUGGUCCGGAAGCUCACCUGGGCCUGGUGCAGUCUCCUGCUCUGCUGGGCCACUACAUUUCCAGCCACGCCUGCAGCUCAGCUGGGCUUGUGAACCUCUCAUGGACUUUGACCGCCCGCAGAGCACUGAGCAGGGCAAAGGGAGAGGAGGGCAGCCAUUCCUCCACCCCUGGACUUC